UCUCUCUCUCUCUCUCUCUCUCUCUCUCUCUCUCCAGACCAGCGUAUAGGAACCUGUUUCUCUGCGCUGGCUAAUGGCCGCUGUGCGGCGGAGCAGACCGGCCAGUACACCAAGAUGCAGUGUUGCUGUGACAACGGGCGCUGCUGGGCCCUGAGUCUGAUCCCCGAGAUGUGCCCGGUCCGAGGCUCCGACGAGUUCAGACGGCUGUGCGUCGCCGGCAUCCCCUACCAGGGCCACGGCUUCCCCAACGGGUACCCCAACGGCCACGCCCCCAACGGGCAGUUCCCCAACGGAAACUACAACUACGGCUACAAGUACCCCAACGGCAACGGUGGCAACGGAGGCGGGGCGGGCGGCGGAGGCAUCGGAGGGAACGGAGGAGGAUUUAACGGGAACGGCGGCGGGGGAUUUAACGGGAACGGAGGAGGAUUUAACGGGAACGGCGGCGGGGGACUUCUGACCCUGCAAAACAUUGGUUCCACGCAGAACGACACCAUCGACGUGUGCAAACACUUCACCAACCUGUGUCUGAACGGACGCUGCAUGCUGACGCCGGCCAGCUACCGCUGCGAGUGUAACAACGGCUACAAGCAGGACGUGCGCGGAGAGUGCAUCGCAGACGAUGACGAGUGUGUGAGCAACCCCUGCAUCAAGGGCGACUGUGUCAACACCCCUGGGUCGUACCACUGCAAAUGCCACGAGGGCUACCACGCCACGGCCACCAAGCUGGCCUGCCUUGACACCGACGAGUGCAUGGUGAAUGGGGUGAUGUGUCGCAAUGGACGCUGCGUCAACACCGAGGGGAGUUUCCAGUGCAUCUGCAACGCUGGCUUCGAGCUCACCACUGACCAGAAGAACUGCAUCGACCACGACGAGUGUGCCACCACCAACAUGUGCCUGAACGGGAUGUGCAUCAACGAGGACGGCAGCUUCAAGUGCAUCUGCAAACCCGGCUUUGCCCUGGCUCCCAACGGACGCUACUGCACAGACAUCGACGAGUGCCAGACCCCCGGGAUCUGCAUGAACGGCCGCUGCAUCAACGGCGAGGGCUCCUUCCGCUGCGAGUGCCCGCCGGGCCUGGCCAUCGGCGUGGACGGCCGCGUGUGCGUGGACACCCACAUGAGGACCACCUGCUACGGCGCCAUCAAGAUGGGCACCUGCUCCCGGCCGUUCCCCGGGGCCGUGACCAAGUCGGAGUGCUGCUGCGCCAACCCCGAACACGGCUUCGGAGAGCCCUGCCACCCCUGCCCGGCCAGGACCUCAGCUGAGUUCCAGGCGGUCUGCAGCAGUGGAAUUGGCAUCACAGCUGAUGGCAGAGACAUCAAUGAGUGCGCUCUGGACCCGGACAUCUGUCAGAACGGCAUGUGUGAGAACCUGAGAGGAAGCUACCGCUGCAUCUGCAACAUCGGCUACGAGUCUGACACCAGCGGGAAGAACUGUGUUGACAUCAACGAGUGCCUGGUAAACCGUCUGCUGUGUGACAACGGCCUGUGCAGGAACACCCCGGGCUCCUACACCUGCUCCUGUCCAAAGGGCUUCGUCUUCAAACCCGAGUCCGAGACCUGCGAAGACAUCAACGAGUGUGAGUCCAGCCCCUGCAUCAACGGAGUGUGUCGCAACGUGGCCGGGUCCUUCAACUGCGAGUGCUCCCACGGCAGCAAGCUGGACUCCACCAACACCAUCUGCGUGGACAGCAUGAAGGGCACCUGCUGGCUCAACAUUCAAGAUGGCCGCUGUGAGGUCAACAUCAACGGAGCCACCCUCAAGUCGGAGUGCUGCUCCACGCUGGGGGCGGCCUGGGGCAGUCCGUGCGAGCGCUGCGAGAUCGAUACCGCUUGUUCGAGGGGAUUCGCCCGUAUGAAGGGAGUCACCUGUGAAGAUAUCAAUGAGUGUGAGGUGUUCCCCGGCGUCUGUACCAACGGCCGCUGUGUGAACUCCCAGGGAUCCUUCCGCUGCGAGUGCGCCGAGGGGCUCACCCUGGACGGCAGCGGACGCACCUGCGUUGACGUCCGCAGCGAGCAGUGCUACAUGAAGUGGCACGAGGACGAAUGCGGCGAGCCGUUGCCGGGGCGAUACCGCGUGGACAUGUGCUGCUGCUCGGUGGGCUCCGCCUGGGGCAUCGACUGCGAGGAGUGCCCCAAACCGCACACGCCCGAGUACAGCGCCAUCUGCCCCCGGGGACCCGGCUUCUCCAACCGCGGGGACAUCCUCACCGGGAGGCCCUUCUACAAAGACGUGAACGAGUGCAAGGUGUUCCAGGGUCUGUGUACUCACGGAAGCUGCCGGAACACCAUCGGCAGCUUCAAGUGCCGCUGCAGCGGUGGCUUCGCCCUCACCCCCGAGGAGAGGAACUGCACAGAUAUCGACGAGUGCCGGAUCUCCCCGGACCUGUGCGGCCACGGCGCCUGCGUCAACACGCCGGGCAGCUUCGAGUGCGAGUGCUUCGACGGCUACGAGAGCGGCUUCAUGAUGAUGAAGAACUGCAUGGACAUUGAUGAGUGCGAGAGGAAUCCCCUGCUGUGCCGGGGAGGAACUUGUCUGAACAACGAGGGGAGUUACGAUUGUGAGUGUCCCCCUGGACACUCACUCAGCACGGAUGGUUCCGUCUGUGAAGAUGUCAACGAGUGCCAGCUGAGUGAGAACCUGUGCAGGAAUGGCCACUGUGUCAACAUGGUGGGAACCUACCAGUGCUCCUGUGACACCGGGUACCAGGCCACGCCUGACCGACAGGGCUGCGUCGACAUCGACGAGUGCACCAUCAUGAACGGAGGCUGCGACACCCACUGCACCAACUCCGAGGGGAGCUACGAGUGCAGCUGCAGCGAAGGCUACGCUCUCAUGCCCGACCUUCGAACCUGCGCAGACAUCGACGAGUGCGAGGAGAACCCGGACAUCUGUGACGGAGGCCAGUGCACCAACAUCCCGGGGGAGUACCGCUGCCUCUGCUAUGACGGCUUCAUGGCCUCCAUGGACAUGAGGACCUGUAUCGAUGUGAACGAGUGUGACCUCAACCCAAACAUCUGUCUCCAUGGCGACUGCGAGAACACCAAGGGCUCCUUCAUCUGCCACUGUCAGCUGGGGUACUUUGUCAAAAAGGGAUCGACAGGCUGUACAGACAUCGACGAGUGCGAGAUCGGAGCGCAUAACUGCGACAUGAACGCUGCCUGCGUCAACUCCCCCGGGAGCUUCAAGUGUCGCUGCAGAGACGGUUGGCUGGGAGACGGCAUCAAGUGUGUGGACCACGAUGAGUGCUCUGCAGAAGAACACAACUGUAACCCCAACGCGGACUGCAACAACACACCUGGAUCCUACCGCUGUACCUGCAAGGAGGGCUUCAACGGAGACGGCUUCUCCUGCUCGGACAUGGACGAAUGUGCGGACAACGUGAACCUGUGUGAGAACGGCCAGUGUCUGAACGCGCCGGGUGGCUACCGCUGCGAGUGUGAGAUGGGCUUCACUCCAACUGAGGACAGCAAGGCCUGCCAGGACAUUGACGAGUGUAACUUCCAGAACAUCUGCGUGUUCGGACAGUGCCAGAACAUUCCGGGCAUGUUCCGCUGUGUGUGUGACGACGGCUACGAGCUGGACCGCAGUGGCGGUAAUUGUACUGACAUCAAUGAGUGCGCACACCCGGUGAACUGCAUCAACGGUCUUUGCGUGAACACCCCCGGGAGCUACCUGUGUAACUGUCCGACCGACUUUGAGCUGAACCCCACCGGAGUGGGUUGUGUGGACACGCGCAUGGGCAACUGCUUCCUGGACACGCUGGGCCGUGGAGACGGAGGCAUCUCCUGCAGCGCCGAGAUCGGCGUGGGCGUGACCCGAGCUUCCUGCUGCUGCUCCCUGGGAGGGGCCUGGGGAAACCCCUGUGAAAUGUGCCCCGCCCCCAACUCCACGGAGUACAAGACCCUAUGUCCGGGAGGAGAGGGAUUCAGACCCAACCCCAUCACAGUCAUCCUGGAAGACAUCGAUGAGUGCCAGGAGCUGCCGGGCCUGUGCCAGGGAGGGAACUGCGUCAACACCUUCGGCAGCUUCCAGUGCGAGUGUCCGGCGGGCUACUACCUCAACGAAGAGACCCGCAUCUGUGAAGAUAUCGACGAGUGUACCGCUCAUGUCGGGAUCUGCGGGCCGGGGACGUGCUACAACACCCUGGGCAACUACACCUGCGUGUGCCCCCCCGAGUACAUGCAGGUCAACGGAGGAAACAACUGCAUGGACAUGAGGAAGAGCGUGUGCUACCGUAACUUCAACGACACCUGUGAGUACGAGCUGACCUUCAACAUGACCAAGAAGAUGUGCUGCUGCGCCUACAACGUGGGCAAGGCCUGGAACAAGCCCUGUGAAGCCUGCCCCACGCCCGCCACAUCUGAGUACCAGCUACUCUGCGGUAACCAGGCUCCGGGGUUCAUCAUCGACAUCCACACCGGGAAACCCAUCGAUAUCGACGAGUGCCGGGAGAUCCCGGGGAUCUGCGCCCACGGCGUGUGUAUCAACCAGAUCGGGAGCUUCCGCUGCGAGUGCCCCAUGGGCUUCAGCUACAACAACAACAUGCUCAUCUGCGAAGAUAUCGACGAGUGCAACAGCGGGGACAACCUGUGCCAGCGCAACGCUAACUGCAUCAACAUUCCCGGCAGCUACCGCUGCGAGUGCUCGCCGGGCUUCAAGCUCUCCCCGAGCGGAGCGUGCGUGGACCGUAAUGAGUGCCUAGAGAUCCCCAAUGUGUGCAGCCACGGGGAGUGUAUUGACACCCAAGGGAGCUACCGCUGUGUCUGCCACAACGGCUUCAGGGCCACCGCGGACCAGACCAUGUGCAUGGACAUCGAUGAGUGUGACAGACAGCCGUGUGGUAACGGCACCUGUAAGAACACCGUUGGCUCCUACAACUGUCUGUGCUUCCUGGGCUUCGAGCUGACGCACAACAACGACUGCAUGGACGUGGAUGAGUGCAGCACGCUGCAGGGGCAGGUGUGCAGGAACGGCCGCUGCAUCAACGGCCUGGGCUCCUUCCAGUGCCUCUGCCAGGAGGGCUACGAGCACACGCCGGACGGGAAGAACUGCCUGGAUAUCAACGAGUGUUCGAGCCUGCCUGGUACCUGCUCGCCCGGAACCUGCCAGAACCUGGACGGGUCCUUCCGCUGCAUCUGCCCCCCUGGUUAUGAGGUGCAGAACGACCAGUGUAUAGACAUCAACGAGUGUGAGGUGGAGUCCAACAUCUGCCAGUUCGGGACGUGCACCAACACCCCCGGAAGCUUCCAGUGUAUCUGCCUGACGGGCUUCGUGCUGUCGGACAACGGCCGGCGCUGCUUCGACACCAGGGAGAGCUUCUGCUUCACUAAGUUCGAGUCGGGGAAGUGCUCCGUGCCCAAGGCCUUCAACACCACCAAGGCCAAGUGCUGCUGCAGCAAGAUGCCCGGCGAGGGCUGGGGGCUGCCCUGCGAGCUGUGCCCCCGCGAGUCCGAGGUUGCCUUCGACAGUCUGUGUCCCUACGGCCACGGAGCUCUGCCUGGGCUGGGAGACGCUCGAGAAGAUAUGAACGAGUGUCUGGACAACCCCGGCAUCUGCCAGAACGGCAUCUGCAUCAACACGGACGGCUCGUUCCGCUGUGAAUGCCCCUUCGGUUACAACCUGGACUACACUGGAGUCAACUGUAUCGACACUGACGAGUGCUCCAUCGGCAAUCCCUGUGGGAAUGGAACCUGCACCAACGUGGUGGGAGGCUUCGAGUGCUCCUGUCAGGAGGGUUUCGAACCUGGGCCAAUGAUGACCUGCGAGGACAUCAACGAGUGUUCCCAGAAUCCCUUGCUGUGCGCGUUCCGCUGCGUCAACACCUUCGGCUCCUACGAGUGCAUGUGUCCUACGGGAUAUGUGCUGCGGGACGACCAUCGCAUGUGUAGAGACCAGGACGAGUGUGCGGAGGGCAUGGACGACUGCGAAUCCAAGGGGAUGUUCUGCAAGAACCUGAUCGGGACCUUCAUGUGCAUCUGCCCGCCGGGCAUGCAGCGCAGGCCAGACGGGGAGGGCUGCAUGGAUCUGAACGAGUGCCGCGCCAAGCCCGGCAUCUGUAAGAACGGACGCUGCGUCAACGCCGUCGGGAGCUACAAGUGCACCUGCAACGACGGCUUUGAGCCCAGCUCCACCGGGACGGAGUGCAUCGACAACCGCCAGGGCUACUGCUUCGUGGAGGUCCUGCAGACCAUGUGCCAGCAGUCGUCCACCAACAGGAACAGCGUGACCAAGUCCGAGUGCUGCUGUAACGUGGGCCGCGGCUGGGGCCCCCAGUGCGAGCUCUGCCCCCUGCCUGGGACCGUCCAGUACAAGAGGAUGUGCCCGCUGGGACCCGGAUACACCACCGACGGCCGGGACAUCAACGAGUGCCUGGUGAUGCCAGACCUUUGCAAAAACGGCCAGUGCAUCAACACGAUCGGGUCCUUCCGAUGCCACUGCAACGUGGGCUACAAGACCGACUACACUGGAACAGCUUGUGUCGAUACCGACGAGUGUGCCCAGUCUCCCAAGCCGUGUAACUUCCUGUGUAAGAACACAGAGGGCAGCUACCUCUGCUCCUGCCCCAGGGGAUACACCAUGCAGCCGGACGGAAAGACCUGCAAAGAUCUGGACGAGUGCUCCACCAAGCAACACAACUGCCAGUUCCUGUGUGUGAACACCAUCGGGGGCUUCACUUGCAAGUGCCCCCCCGGCUUCACUCAGCACCAGACGGCCUGCAUCGACAACAACGAGUGCAACGGGCAGAGCACUGCGUGUGGAACGCGAGCGUCCUGCAUCAACACUCCCGGGAGCUUCAACUGUGAAUGCACCAAGGGCUUCUCUCUGGACACCGCUGGCACGGAGUGCGAAGAUGUGGACGAGUGCGGCAGUAACCACCGUUGCCAGCACGGCUGUCAGAACAUGCUGGGGGGCUUCCGCUGUGGCUGCCCCCAGGGAUAUGUUCAGCACUAUCAGUGGAACCAGUGCGUCGAUGAGAACGAGUGCCAGGGAGGGUCCGUGUGCGGAGGAGCCUCGUGCUACAACACGCUGGGCAGCUUCAAGUGCGUGUGUCCGUCGGGCUUCGACUUUGAGCAGGGGGCGGGCGGCUGCCAGGACGUGAACGAGUGCUCCAUGGGGGGCAACCCCUGCAGCUACGGCUGCUCCAACACCGACGGAGGCUACCUGUGCGGCUGUCCUGGAGGAUACUACCGGGCCGGACAGGGUCAUUGCAUCACCGGGCCAGGGUUCCAGGGUCAGUUCGCUGGUGAAGGGGAGGAGGACGAGAGCCUGUCCACCGAGGGCUGCUACGAGUGCAAGAUCAACGGAGGAGGAGGAAAGAACGAGAGGCACAGGCGCAACGCUGAAGACAACAAGCUGGGACAGGAGCCGCAUGUGAGCAUGGCCAGCGUGGACACCCAGGCCUCCAUCCCCAUCAACCUCACCCUGUCCUCGCUGCUCAACAAGGAGCCCCUGAUGGAGCUGCUGCCCGCGCUGCAGCCGCUGGAGCACCACGUGCGCUACGUCAUCUCCCACGGCAACGCCGAGGAGCACUUCCGCCUGACGGAGCGCCGCGACGGCAAGAGCGUGCUGCGGCUCGGCCGGCGGCCACCGCCCGCCGGCUCGUACCGGCUGGAGAUCGCCAGCCGGCGCCUCUUCGGGCCCCGCCGGCUGCGGCAGCUGGAGAGCCAGCACGACAGCGACUACCUGCUCGGGGAGAUCGGCGACGCCCUGCGCAUCAAGCUCCACAUCCACCUGCACUGAGUCCCGACGGGUGCGCUUGGACUGAACCCUGAUCCCCUGAUCUCCCCCCCCUCCUCCCCCCCCC